AUGGCGGGAGUCAAGCGCCCCAAAGAGCCCGACGCCGAUGACGAGCUGGAGGAGGUCCCGAGAAAUAAAGCGGGUGUCGACCCUCUCCUCAACACCAUCUCAGACAUUCCGAAGCGGCCCCCACCAUUCCCCUUCCUCGCGCUCCCGACCGAAAUCCGCAUCAUGAUCUACGACCAGCUCCUCAACCAUACCAGACUGCGAAUUUGCGGCCGGCAAUCCAGAUUUCGGCGAAAACUGACCAUCAAGCCCCCAAUCGAUGGGUACGCCUCUCUCGCUUGCCGCUGA